AUGGCGUCGCCUCAGCACCUGCGUCCGCCUCCCGCUCCGGCCCAGCCGCCCCCGCCGGGCCUGCUGCUGCUGCCCCCGCCGCCCUCGCCCUCGCCGCCGCCCCUGUCCGGCCCCCCGCGCGCGCCCCCGCGGGGCUCGCCGCCGCCGCCGGGCGGGCCGGGGGGCGCGGUGCUGCGCGUGCCCGCGCUGUGCGUGGCGUGGUACGCGCUGAGCGCGGGCGGGAACGUGGUGAACAAGGUGCUGCUGGGCGCGUUCCCGCGGCCCGUGACCGUGUCGCUGUGCCACGUGCUGGGGCUGGUGGCGCUGCUGCCCCCCUUGCUGCGCGCCUGGCGCGUGCCCGCCGCCAGCCCCGCCCAGCUGCCCCCGCGCGCGUACCCGCGCCUCAUCCUGCCCCUGGCCUUCGGCAAGUACCUGGCCUCCGUCUCGGCCCACGUCUCCCUCUGGCGCGUGCCCGUCUCCUACGCCCACACCGUUAAAGCCACGAUGCCAAUCUGGGUAGUUCUGCUGUCCAGGAUCAUCAUGAAGGAGAAGCAGACGACCAAGGUGUACUUAUCCCUCAUCCCCAUCAUUGGCGGCGUCCUGCUGGCCACAGUGACGGAGCUCUCCUUCGACACGUGGGGACUCGUCAGCGCUCUGGCGGCCACCCUCUGCUUCUCGCUCCAGAACAUUUUCUCCAAGAAGGUCCUGAGAGAUUCUCGGAUCCACCACUUGCGGCUGCUGAACAUCCUUGGGUGCCACGCCGUGUUUUUCAUGAUCCCGACCUGGGUCCUGGUUGACCUCUCUUCCUUCCUCGUGGAGAACGACUUGAGUUCGAUGGCUCACUGGCCCUGGACCAUCCUGCUCUUGGCCAUCAGCGGCUUCUGCAACUUCGCCCAGAACGUCAUCGCCUUCAGCAUCCUGAACCUCAUCAGCCCGCUGAGCUACUCCGUGGCCAACGCUACCAAGAGGAUCAUGGUCAUCAGCGUCUCCUUGGUCAUGCUGCGCAACCCCGUCACCACCACCAACGUGCUGGGCAUGAUGACGGCCAUCCUGGGCGUCUUCCUGUACAACAAGACCAAGUACGACGCCAGUCAGGAAGCCAAGAAGCAGCUGCUUCCCGUCACGGCGGGGGAUCUGGCCCACCUGGAGCGGCACCGGGGCGCCCCGGAGAAGUCUCCCAACGGACUCGCCUCCUUUGCUCACCACGGCGACUUCCAUUACGGGGCCAGGGGCAGCCCGGGCCUGGAUCAUUUCCAGUACAGCCGGCAGAACUACCCCGCCAUGUACAGCUCCAGCCGCUACGACAUCUAGGAGGGGCGGGGGCCCCGUUCUUGGCCGUCCGGCACGGGCUGUUAAUGCGGGACUACUCCCCCACCCCGCUGAGACUCCCGAGGAGCAGCCGGGCGCCGCCGGAAGGAGGACGGCCCGAGAGAACGCAGGGCCCUGGGCGUGCUGAGCGGCGCUCCGCCCGUGAAAGCGACUGCCGGGCUGGGUGGCGCAGCUGAGGGGGUGCCCCUGCCGGGCCGCUCAAGCCGCUGUAGCGGCUGGUUGCCUGUGGCCAGUAUUUUCUCUCCCUCAUCCCUCCCGUUCCCCCUCCCCUUUGAGAUUGCACUUUUGCCUUCCUGCUUUUGCGUUAAGCUAAACGGUUGCUUUCAAAGUGCAACCAGGAGCGGCGUUUUCUCUGCCUCCCUCCUCCGCCCCUGCCUCUGUUUCCUUGGGGAGGGGGAGGAGGAGGCGGCCGUUGUAUUCCGUAGCACUUGUGAGGUUUUGCGUGGGGGUGGGGGUGGGCGGAGCGGCUGCUUGUCCCUUGCUCCGGUUCCUGACGCUGCGUGUUGUUCUAGGCUCGGGACGGAGCGCGAACUUGUUUGAAAGACAAUAAUAAUCACGUACCCAGAAGGGUUUUGCUGCCGGUAAUCUUCCUGCCCCUCCGGCCCCAUUUGAAUCAUGAGGCGUAGAAAGCGUUAGGAGCUCUUCUCCCACCCCGGGGGGUUAAGCAGGCGCACGCUUGGCGGCCCAGGGAUUCGGCUGGCGCUGCGCUCGCUGCAAGGAGCGGAGUCUGCGAAGAACAUUGUGAUGCUGGGGGGACCUCAGGGGUGGGGAGCUUCUUGAACAUCAGAAA